CAGCUUACAGCGUCGCUCUGGCACAACGUUCUCGGAGAUGGCACUCUGGGAGGCAAUAUGGUGUGCCUUCUUUGCAGCCGCUUUGGGUGGGCUUUACUUGGCUGGAGCUUUCCGCAAGCGGAGAGCUAAAGAGCCCCCCUUAGAAAAAGGGUUAAUUCCCUGGCUUGGAUACGCACUGGAAUUCAGACAGAACGGUGUGGACUUCUUGCGAAAGAUGCAGAAGAAACACAGGGAUAUUUUCACUGUGCUGCUGGGGGGCUACUACUUCACUUUCCUGAUGGACCCCCUCUCUUUUGGGACUGUGGUGAAAGAAGCACGAGCCAAGCUGGACUUCAAUACGUUUGCAGAAGAACUCGUGGAGAAAGUGUUCGGCUAUCGGCCUUCUUCAAUGAGCCACAAGAUAUUGGAGAGCGCCAGUACGAAGCACCUCAAAGGCAACGGGCUCGUGGUGAUGACUCAGGCCAUGAUGGAUGGUUUGCAAACGGUGAUGCUCCACAGCCUAGGCUCAGCGGAAGGGGGGAAGCCCUGGAACCAAGAUGGGCUGUUCCACUUUUGCUACAACACGGUCUUUAGGGCGGGAUACCUUGCUUUGUAUGGGAACGAGCCUAGUAAAAGGGAAAACGGACCCCCAGGGGCCAAGAAGGAUGACCUCCAGCACUCUGAAGAGAUAUAUGAAGAAUUUCGGAAAUAUGACAAACUCUUCCCACGCUUGGCCACUUCGACGCUGUCCUAUGGAAAGAAACGGGAAGCCGAACGCUUAAAGAGGCUCUUCUGGGGCCUUCUCUCGGUGAAAAACGUGUACGAGAAGGACAACAUCAGUGGGUGGGUGAGGGAACAGGAACAACGGCUCGCUGAGGAGGGAAUGCCCGAAUACAUGCGGGACAGGUUUAUGUUUUUGCUUCUCUGGGCAGCCCAAGGAAACACUGGCCCAGCCUCUUUCUGGCUCCUUCUACACCUGAUGAAAAAUCCAGAGGCGAUGGAGGACGUGAGGAAAGAGGUGGACAGAGUGUUGAAAGAAUCUGGACAGGAGGUAAGGCCAGAUGGGGCUGUGAUUAAUGUCACCAAGGAGAUGCUGACCAACACCCCCGUCUUGGAUAGCGCUGUGGAGGAGACUCUGCGGUUAGCAGCUGCUCCGCUGCUGAUCAGGGUCGUGAUGGAGGACAUGACGCUCAAGAUGAAUGACGGGCGGGAAUACGCCGUGCGCAAAGGAGACAGGAUCGGGAUCUUCCCCUAUUUGGCGGCACACAUGGACCCGGAAAUCCACCCCGAGCCUCAUGCCUUCAAAUACGACCGCUUCCUUAACCAAAAUGGCGCCAAAAAGGAAUUCUAUAAGAACGGCGAAAAGGUGAAGUAUUUCACCAUGCCCUGGGGGGCGGGGACCUCCAUGUGCCCUGGACGUUUCUUUGCCGUCAACGAGAUGAAGCUUUUCGUCUUCCUGAUGAUCAGCUACUUUGAGAUGCAAUUGGUUAACAAAGAAGAGGAAGUCCCUCCUCUGGAGCAGACCCGCUAUGGGUUUGGCGUGAUGCAGCCCACCUAUGAUGUCCAGUUUAGGUAUCGGCUACGAUACUGAGUGGCAGGGGCCACGUUUCUGGCCCAGCUGGCUAUUUGGGGUGGCAAAACAAGGAGGGCAGGGGCUCAAUUCAUUCUCAGCUAUCAGUGACACGUGAGGUGACUAGCACCGCUUUCUGGGCCUGCAAUUGUAGCAGUACAAGCGAAGGAGGUGACAAAAUUCCUUGAACCGGUCCUGUUGACUGAGGAAGACCAAUGCUGAGGAGAACAAGGGUUGGUGCUAAUUUGGGGUGACAGUGGUCCUGAGGUAAAAAAAAAAAAUUCAACAGCGGAUAGAAGACGAGGACUUAUGGCAGGCUGUCUGGUAAAAACACAGAGGUGGGGAGAGGGAGAGGGAACGUUUGUGUUUUUUUCUUGAGUGAACAUCUAAUUCAGUUUCAGGUGGGUCGCCGUGUUGUUCUGAAGCAAUAGAACAAAGUUGGAAUCCAGCGGCACCUUUAACAUCAACAAAAUUUCACUCCGGAUAUGAGCUUUGUUGCGCACGCACACCUCUUCAGGAUACAUUGAAACAGACUUUGACAGCCGUUAUAUAUGGGGAGGGGGGGGGGGUUAGUUGCCAGAAAGGACUAAUUAGAGUUAAUAUGCAUAAGAAACUGAGCAAUAAGUAUAGCUAAGAUUGGAUUAAAGCAGUUAGGCAGUUAGUAAAGCAGCCCAUCGACUUACAGAUAAUAAAAGAGAUAACAAACCUAUACAAAACGGUUGGCAACGGCUGUUUCAAUGUUAUCUGGAGAAGUGUGCACGCACACCAAAGCUUAUACCCAGAAUAAGACUUCGGUCUUAAAGGUACCACUGGACUCAAACUUCCAUCUGGUUCAGUGAAACACAAAAGCUCACUCGUUACUUUGUGGUGUUUUAUUUCACUCUGACUGUAAAAACGCUGUGAAUAUAUGGAUGUUAAUAAAACAGGGGGAAGGGCGCUCCUAGAAACAAGUUACCCAACAGCUAAA